CCAACCCGGAAGUUAGCGCGCUGCUCUGAGUCAAUGGCAGGGGGAAACGUUUCGUGGUGCUUCUAAGAGAGGGAAACUUUUUCGGUGUCCCCCUCCUCGCUCGCUCUCGGUCUUCGCUCACGCUGGCGGAUCCCCCUUAGCGUCCGACAUGUGAUCCGUUGGCUGGUUCACUCCCUCAGAUUACAGUCCCUGUCUAAGAUGGAACCUACUGCCUCGGACGUCUUCUGCAGCCGUGUGCUCAGCAUGGUGAACUCAGAAGAUGUAAACGCCAUCAUCCUGGCUCAGAAGAACAUGCUUGACCGAUUUGAGAAAACCAAUGAGAUGCUACUCAACUUUAACAACCUAUCGGGUGUCCGAAUGCAGCAGAUGAACGAACGCUUCCUCCACCACACCCGGACAUUGGUGGAGAUGAAGAAGGAUUUGGAUAGCAUUUUCCGGAGGAUCAGAACACUGAAAGGAAAGCUAGCAAAACAGUACCCAGAAGCGUUUAGCAAUGUGCACGAAUCUCCCAUCCUUGAAGAUGAUGACUUUGAUCCGAUCCCAAAAAGUACUGCCACAACCAUUGCUACCUCAGAGCAGACCACGGAGUCCUGUGACACCAGUCCAGACAUCAUCUCUCCGGCCACUAGCCAUGACUUUGAAGACCUGUCUCAGGGCCCUUAUGACUCACUGGCUGUGAAUGGGCAGAGCAUAACGGAUGAGGACAAUGAGACAGACUAGUCCACGUGGGGAAACUGUUCUGGAGCGCAGGUGGACUUUCUUCCCACCCACCUGUUUACAGACCUGCAAACUUUUUCUAAAAAGAAAAUCUAUGUUCUCUGUAUCGUCUUGGCUAACUGUUUCUGUCUGGGAAGAGAGGGUUGAGCAUGGGUGAUGGGGCUUUUGCAUGAACCACCAUCAUCCAAAGGGUGCUGAUCUGUGUCUGAUGCCAAAUAAACUUAACCUUGAGUCUAGGCAGUGCACAGUUGGUGAGGGGGCAAAUCAGGAGUGGUGGUGGAUGCGCUGUUGCAUGUUUGCCAGCUUCAGCUCAACCACUCCCUUCUCUUGGACAGACUGAUUAGCGAUAGGAGGCUUCCCCAGCAAAGACAUUGCAGCCCAGCUUUUAUAGCCCUUGUGUAAACAGCAGUAGAUGGAGCUGAACGUCUUUCCACUUACUGACCCCCUUAAUUAUCCAAUAGGCAAACGUACAUAAUACUUGGAGCCCAUAGGAAACGCCAUGCUGAUAGCCAACUACCAGUGACUCCAUUACCUAAGAACAGGCAAGGACGCCUCAGACAAAUUUCCUGCUUUUCCCCCCCUUUUUGUUAGGCAUAAGACCCCACUGCAGAGUCUCCCCAUUAGCCUCCGUAUGCAGAAUACAAAUGAUCCGAAUCAUCUGCUUGCUGGGGGUGGGAGUGCACUUCAAGCAAGCUGUGGACUAGUGCAAUCCAUGUUUACUUCGGAGGGGCUGGCGUGGGUGAGAUUUCCAUGGGAUUGGAAAUUAAUAAGAUUAACUGCUGCUGCCGCCAUCCCCCCAAGCUAUUGCUCGCUUUUGGUUGUAGGCCUGGUCAACAAAAGUCAACAAUGGUUGAAGUAUUCUGUACUCUCCACUUUAAGACUCCCCCUAAAACAGAGCUUUGUACAACCUCUAUCAUCUAAUGAUGCACCUUAUAAUAAGAUGAGGGCCAUACGCACCACUGCACUUGCCUUGCACUGUUCUCUUAAGUUUAUUGUCUGCUGCACUGACUGUUACAUGUAAUAUUUAAUAAUCUAAUAAUUUUCCUGUGUUUAAACAUCUCACCCACUCUUACCACACCUUCAGUUACUUUAAUGCCAACAAAUGUCUUUGUUUGUUUUUUGAUGGUUCUUUUUGCUGGAAUUUAGUGCAACUAAAAUUGUUGCUUGGAGGAUGGGGUGAAUUGCGUCUUUCUUCUAAUGUAAUCUUGUGAAAUGCAUUCUAAUUCAAAGAAAAAAAAUAUUUUUGUACUGCUAUAAGUUUACAAAGGUUAAUAAGGUAAUAACCAAUAAACCAGUUACCUGAGAGCUCA